GACUCUCUCGAUUAGGACCAGUGACUCAGUUUAGGCCUAAACAUGACCCUAUAUAAUUAUCGCCCAUAGCUUUACCUCAUGCUCAUCCCAAAUCAAGCCUUCUUCUGCUACAUACACUUAUCCUUCCUGGGUUCUUAUCUUUCAGCUAUUCUUUCUCUUCCUAAGAUAGCUGUUACAAAAAUACUUGAAAAUAAUGGCAAAUUCACGCAUAGCAAGGUUCAUUACGGAGGUUGCACCACCACAAUAUAUUAGUGUCAUCAGGCGUAGAGCAUCAAAGAUGUUGGAUACAAUUAAUGAAGAGGAGAGAGAUGUUAGCCCAAGCAAUUCUCUUGCUUCUGCGCCUACAUCACCUGCUUCUGCUAGCACUAAUGCUGCUUCUGCUUCUGCUGCGGCCCCUGUCGCGACCAACUCCAAGUACUUUCCCAGAAGGGUUCAAAGAUCUUUUUCGGUCUUUCAGAAUUAAGACCUUUAGUUUCUACUUUCUUGUGACUUGCUGAGAGUACAGUUGUGUCCUUAAUCAUCCCCUUUUGCUGUUUUUCAGUGAGGGAAUGGAGAGGGAAAUGGUUUUGGCUCCCAGAGUUGCAAAAAUUAAGCAACAGAAUGCUAGAAGGAAGUUUGUGUUGUAUUCGGAUAUUGUACAAUGUAUAAAAUUUUCAUUAAUUAUGCAUC